ACUUCAACAGCUAAAGGGUUUGCUCGGAAUCAGUAACUUCACCACCAAGACUGACGUUAUCUCUGUUCUCAGAGCCGUUUGGCAUUCAUGUCAGCAACAAUGGAGCCCUCACACCUUCAUCCUCGGAUGCUCCUUCCUUAUUUUCAUCCUACUCGCCCGCUUCAUCGGCAAGAAGAACAAGAAACUGUUCUGGAUACCGGCGAUUGCCCCACUGGUCUCUGUGAUCGUCGCAACGUUCAUGGUUUUCAUCACCAAAGCCGACGAGCAUGGCGUCAAGACCGUGAGGCACAUCAAAGGAGGCUUGAAUCCCAUCUCCAUGCACGAUCUUGAGUUCACCAAUCCACAUAUCGGAGAAGUCGCAAAGAUCGGAUUGAUCGUUGCUGUUGUUGCUCUUACUGAGGCAAUCGCGGUCGGGAGGUCGUUCGCUGGCAUAAAAGGGUACAGACUUGACGGCAACAAGGAAAUGGUCGCCAUUGGAUUUAUGAACGUCCUUGGCUCCUUCACUUCUUGCUACACUGCUACUG